CUAGUGACAUUAAAUUUGACAGCUUACGUUAAGAAAUUGUAUUUUGUUUCGAAAACUUUUCAACUUUCGGGGUGUAAACGCGGUCAUUUUUUAUAUUUAAAGCUUCUCACGCAAUGGGACGCAAGAAAGACAGUGAAGGAUCCGGUUCUGAUUCGGACUCUAGCCGCGGUGGUAGCCGAAGUCGAAGUGCUACUCCUCAGGUCGCACCGACUCCAGGUCACUCCUUGGAACACCACGAUUCUAGAUCCCACUCACCGGAAAAUCGUUCCCGCUCAGGAAGUCCGCAGAAUCGUAGCCGAUCACAUUCACCCUCUGGUUCGCACCGUUCUCGUUCCGGGUCGGCAAGAUCAGGAUCGGGACAACGAUCUAGAAGUGGUUCACCAGUUGGUUCUCAGCGGUCUCGCUCUGGUACACCCAGAUCUCGUUCCGGGUCGCGCCGAUCCCGCUCAGGUUCGGGAAGCCCGGCGGGUUCACAUCGAUCAAGAUCCGGAUCCCGUUCUCGGAGUGGAACACCGGUCCGACGAUCAAAGAGUGGUACACCGAUAAAUAGAUCCCAGAGCAGAAGCCCUGUUACACGAUCCAGAAGUGGCUCACGUUCGCGGUCGGCUUCGCCGGCAAAAUCUCAAUCAAGUCGGCGAUCACGGUCAAGAUCGAGAAAAUCCAGUACCCGGUCUCCGUCGCAAGCAAGAUCACAACGUUCUAAAUCUCCCUCACAAGCACGAUCACAACAAUCGAAAUCGGCCUCACGUUCUCGCUCCCGAAGUGCCGGUUCAAACCGUUCGGGUUCAGUUGGAUCAGAAGUGGGAGACAAACGCAAACGAGCAAUUGUUUCCAGUGAUUCUGGUUCAGAUGCAGAAAAAAUUCAAAAGAAAAAAAAGAACAAACUGAUAGAUUCCGAUUCCGAUGAGCCGUCUGAAACGGAGCAAGCGACAAAAACAAAGGACGACGUCACUGCGGAUGCUCUGUUUGGAGAUGCCGAUGAUAUCAGUUCUGAUGAAGUGUCCGAAAGAGAACGAGAUGAAUUGGAUGAUUUGGAAGAUGAGCAGAGAAAGAAGGAAAGCGACAGGGAGAGAUCUCGAAGCAAAAGCAAAUCUCCAUCGCGGUCCAGAUCUAGGUCCCGGUCAAGAAGUCGUGGCAGUGAUCGUCGGUCCUCGGAUGAUGAACGGGGCGAAGGAUUGGCCCGUUUUGAAGAACCUAAAGAACCGGAACCGGAACCCGAGCCGAUCCCGGAAACAAGAAUUGAUGUGGAAAUUCCUAGGAUUGUUACGGAUUUAGGACGAGAUUUGCAUUUCGUGAAACUUCCUAAUUUUCUUUCGGUCGAAACUCGGCCUUUUGACGUUGAAACAUACGAAGACGAAAUUGACGAGGAGGAAACGUUGGAUGAAGAAGGUCGGCAGCGUUUGAAAUUGAAAGUCGGAAACACAAUCCGCUGGCGAAACAACAUCGAUGAUGAUGGAAAUGGUGUUCGGGAAACGAAUGCUCGCAUGGUUCGCUGGUCAGAUGGAAGUAUGAGUUUACAUCUGGGUUCUGAAAUUUUCGACGUUUAUAAACAGCCUCUGCAAGGCGAUCACAAUCAUCUGUUCAUUCGGCAGGGUACCGGUCUUCAGGGACAGUCUGUGUUCCGUACCAAGUUGACGUUCCGGCCGCAUUCCACGGAAUCAUUUACCCACAAGAAGAUGACGAUGUCGUUGGCCGAUCGAUCAACGAAAACUUCAGGAAUUAAAAUUCUCACGCAAGUUGGAUUUGAUCCAGAUGCAAAUCGAAAACAGAACAUCAAGAAGGAAGAAGAAAAACUGCGGAUGGCGAUGCGAGCCAAGCCGACUCAGUCCAAAUCGAGUGGUCGGAAGAAGGAUUCGGGAGCAAACGCCAACAGCUCCUACCAACACGAUGAAGGUUCCGACGAGGAGGGAGGCAUUUCGAUUGCAGCCAUUAAAAAUAAGUAUAAGGACGAUCGCUCAAAACCGAAGCAAGGAGCAGCUAUUUAUUCCUCGGACGAAGACGGAUCCGACAUGGAAAUGGGUAGAAAGAAGAAGAAUGCGAAUAAAAAACGAGUUCUGAAGGCUCUGGAAAAUUCCGACGAUAGUGAUGAUGGUACUGAGCAUUCCGGUUCUGGGUCCGGCUCAGGUUCCGAGCAAGGAUCUGCGUCCGGUUCAGAAGCGGGCUCAGGAAGUGAAAAAAGUGACGUAAAAGGAAAAUCAGCUGACGAAGGUGGUGGUGACGAAAGUGAUGAGUAAAUUGUUUCAACGUUUUAUUGUAUUGCUGUAACAAGAACCUAAUAAACGCUACAUUACUA